UUAUUUUUCAGUGUGUUUGAACAUUUCAGUAAGCAUUAAUAUUGGCUAGAAUGUCCAUAAAAACAAUGCCAGUCCCUCAGACCCUGAUGGUAACCCGAAACAAACCAGAUGAGGACAGUAGUGUUUCAGUGACUCAGGAUGACCAUCUCUCCAGUCUGAAGGCUUUGGCUGAGAAGCUACACCUUGAGACAAAGAGGCCUUCACAUAUGGAGUGGAGGUUUCAGCUAGAGAGCCUGAGAACCAAAGCUCUGGAGACAUCAGUUUCUGUUAAAGAAGGACACAUACGAUCCUGGAGUUCUCUGAAGUGGACAAAAUCAUCAUUGGACUUUCCUGUAAACAAGCCCCAAAGGCAUCCACCUGAGAGACUGAAAGGGUUUGGAAGUGUUACUGAGGCACUGGAAUGGCUUAGAAAAGAGUUGAGGGAGAUGCGUGUACAGGACCAGCAGCUAGCUCUCCAGCUUAUGCGUUUACACGGUGAUCUUAACAAGCUCAAAAUUGAGCAGGCAUGUAAACAGCAUCGCAAGAUGCUAAAUGAUGCUACGUUUGAGCUGGAGGAGCGCUAUGAGAUGUUGGACCUGCUUUGUGAUGUCCCUGUCACCUCUGGAUUUGGCCUCUCCGCACCACUGAAGCUCAUUGGCAUCACAAAGAUGAACAUCAGCUCCCGUCGCUUCUCCCUAUGCUAAUUAUUCUGUAUAGACUGAGUAUAGAAGUAUACCAGAUUUAAUUACAAGCUAAUGAACCUGGGCUUGAUCCUGAGCUCCUUUACUGUCUGUGUGGAGUUUUGCAUGUUCAUGCCAUAUUCACAUAGGUUUCCCGC